AUGAAUAGAAAUUAUUCAAUAAAUCCUUCACCUACAGAUACGUCAGAGGUUAAUUUAUCCCAAGAGAAUAAAAUUUCUAAAAUUCCUUCUGCUACAAACAAACAUGAACAAAGUUUGUCACCUACUAGUCAAUUAAUGUCUUCUUUCAUGCAUAUUACAACCGCCAGUAGCAGUACACCUAGUAAUGAAGUUAUACCGAUUAUUAGAAGUCAACACAAGGGCAAUUAUAUGGCUCAUGACGAUAUUAAUAGGAAUAAUAAUGGUAAUACUUCAGCCAUGGUAAGUUCUACUCUUAAAUCACAUAGUGAAACUUCACCACAUAAAAAGAGGCAUGUUAGAAUAGUUAUGGAUAAUAAUUCAAGUUUAAUCUUAGAAUCUGAUAAUGAUACGGCAACUACCAGUGUGACAACUGGUAAUACUUCGGCGACAUCAACAGCAAACAGUAGUAAUAAUGCAAGCACUAUAAACAGUAAUAGCAAUAGUAGUAAUUCAAUAAAUAGUUUAAAAGAUAAUAAGAAACUACCGUCCUUUAUGAAAAGACCUUUAAGUGAUACCCCAAUCACUAGUAAUUGGCAGUCACCAAAGAUGUCAAGAGAUACUACACCUAAUAUAACUCCUGAUUUAUCAUGUUUAGGGCUUUAUUCGAUGAAUGAAGUUGAAAAUGAAGAUGAAAUUGAUAAUGCAACUACUAUUGUACAAGAUAAAGAUAUCGAUCAAAAUACAGAAAGAAAUGAUGACACCUUAAAACUAAAUUUAGAAGAUAAUAUUGAGGAGCCAAUACUAUUCCCAAGUACACCAGCAACUUCUUCAAAAAAAAAUGCACAGGCGCCAUCAGAGGUGAAAAAUUUCUUAAAGUUACCUGAAAAUUUAGAUAGUAACUCACAGAUUCCAAGUGGUACAAGAUCUCCUUCAAAAUUUAAACAUCCUAAAAAGAAACGUACCACAAUUGAUGUCCCAGGUUUGACAAAUUCUGUCGAUUCGCCGAAUGGUAUUACUACAAAUAAAGAUAUGAGUUCAAAAUUAAUCAUAAUUAUGGUGGGAUUGCCUGCUACUGGUAAAUCGUUUAUAACAAAUAAACUGUCCAGAUAUUUGAAUUAUACAAUGUACUCCUGUAAAGUUUUUAAUGUUGGUAACACGAGAAGACAAUAUGCAAAGGAACAUAAUUUGAAAGAACAAGAUUCCAAAUUUUUUAAUCCAAAUGAUACAAAUUGUAAAGAAUUAAGAGACAAGUGGGCAAUUGAUACACUAGACGAACUAAUUGAUUAUCUAAUGAAUGACAAUGGUGUGGUUGGUAUAUUUGAUGCCACAAACACUACUUUUGAAAGACGUAAAAAAAUUACUAGAAGAAUUCAUGAUAGAUGUAAAGAAGUCGAAGUAAUGUUUUUAGAAACCAUUUGCUCAGAUCAAAAAGUUGUCGAAAAAAAUAUUCGUUUGAAACUUUUUGGUCCUGAUUAUAAAGGUAAAAAUCCACAUGCAUCUCUCUUAGAUUUUAAAGAGAGAUUAAGCAAUUAUAAAAAAGCAUAUCAGCCAAUUGUUGAUGAAGAGAAUUUAGAAUACAUCAAAAUGAUAGACAUUGGCAAAAAAAUUAUUACUUAUAACAUAACGGGUUAUUUGGCAUCUCAAACAGUUUAUUAUCUUUUGAAUUUUACUUUGAAAGAUCGACAGAUUUGGAUUACCAGAAGUGGUGAAAGUGAAGAUAAUAUGUUUGGUAAAAUUGGAGGUGAUUCAAAAUUGUCAAUUCGUGGUGAAAAAUAUGCUAAAGCUUUAAAUGAUUUUUUAAGUAGGCAAAGAGAAAUAUUUAACUCUAAAGUGAACGCUAAUUUAGCCUCUACUCCAAAUUCUCGUCAAAACUCUACAGGAAGUGAAACUGAUGAAGAUGAAUAUAACCAGUUUAAUGAAUUUUUCAUUUGGAGUAGUACAAGAAGAAGAUGUAUUGAUACCAUGAAAAAAUUCGACUCAACUGAAUUUCCACAAAAGCAAAUGAAAAUGUUAGAUGAAUUAAACUGUGGUAACUUUGAGGGCAUGACUUACUCACAAAUUCAGAAAAAUUAUCCUAAAGAGUUUGAUACAAGACAAACAGAUAAAUUGGUUUACAGAUAUCCAGGUAUUGGUGGUGAAUCAUAUAUGGAUGUUAUAAAUAGAGUCAAACCUGUGAUCAUGGAGAUUGAAAGAAUUGAGGACAAUGUUUUAAUCAUUACACACCGUGUAAUUGCAAGAAUAUUGUUAGGCUACUUCUUAAAUUUAAGCAAAGAUAUUAUUACUAAUUUAGAUGUGCCAUUACAUUGUGUUUAUUGUUUAGAGACAAAACCAUACGGUAUUGAUUGGUCUUUGUGGGAAUAUGAUGAAAGUAAGAAUGACUUCUUCAAAAUUCCAAAAGAUAAAUUAAACUUAACUAGAGUUAAAGAGGUUGGUUUGGUAUAUAAGGAAAGGAGAUAUUCUAUCAUUCCAACGGCCCCUCCAAGUGCCAAUGGUAAAAAAUAUUUAAGUGCAAAUAUUUCAGGGAAGAACUAUAUAUUAAACGAGCAUACACCGCACCCACAUCCUAAUCCCAAAUCACAUCAUGGCAGUCAUCAUAACCGCCAUCACCAUAAUUUACAUAGAACUAAUUUCACGCCUGUUGAAGAAGGGGAAGAAAGUAUUGAAAAUGAGCAUGCCAAGGAUACGGAAGAUGGGAGUGAAGAAACUCAUGAUGAAGGAAUCAAUACACCCGACCCUUCAAUUAGUUCUAAUUAUUCCUUUGAUGGAAUUAUUGAAACUCCUAGAGAAAAAGAACUUGAAACUGAUAGCUUUGUGGGUUUUAAUAAUACUAGUACAAUGAUGAAUAGCAGUAGUUCAGUCAGAAGAGAAAAUUUUAUGUUAAGACAACAUCAACAACAAGAUCAUAGCAACUAUCCAACUCAUAACAUUUUGAACAAUAACAAUAAUAUUCAAAACAUGCACAAUAGUAUUUAUCAAGAACCUCACAAUUUUAAUAACAGCUUGGGUUUCCGUAGGAUUAAGGACGAUAUUUCCAUUGGUAGGAGAUAUAGAAGCGUAGGUGAUGAAACCACUAAUUUAAAAAAUAUAAGAUACAUGAUGGAUUUAGGAAAUGGCCAUAAUGGCGACGCUAAUUGUGUUAAGUGCCCACCUAGCAGCUUUGAAAUUGAUAAGUUAGACGAGAAGUUGGCUAAGUUAAAUAUGAUAAGGGAAGAAGAAGAAAAUAGGAGGUUAAGAGAACUAUAUAAAGAGGGAAGCUCCCCUCAUGUAAUUCAGAAUAUCGAAAAGGUGGUUGCUCUAGGUAGUGGGGACUGUUUAGAAAGUAAAUUGAAAACUUCUAAAUUUAAAGAGAAUACCCUAACGUCGCUACAUAACGGCAGCAGCACCAACUAG